AUGGCGGUUCUCGGCGGCGGAUUAUUACAAGCCGAAGAACGACACGGAUUCGAAGGCGACGGAUUUGUAUAUCUGAGAAGCCCCUUGUGGUGGGCGGGCAUUGCAACCCUUGGCAUCGGAGAAAUCUGCAACUUUGCCGCCUACGCAUUCGCCCCGGCCAUCCUCGUCACGCCUCUCGGCGCUCUCAGCGUCCUGAUCGGCGCCGUCUUGGGUUCAUACUUUUUGGAUGAAGAGCUCGGCACGCUGGGCAAGCUGGGCAGUGCCAUUUGCCUCAUCGGCGCCGUCGUCAUUGUUCUGCACGCGCCCCCGGACGAGGACAUCCAGACGAUCGAUCAGAUUCUGCACUAUGCCAUCCAGCCAGGCUUCCUCUUGUACGCCUUUGCCGUCGUGGCCUUUGCAGUCUUUAUGAUUUACCGAAUCGCACCCGUCUACGGCAAACGCAACGCCCUCAUCUACCUUUCCAUUUGCUCCACCGUCGGCUCCAUCUCCGUCAUGUCCGUCAAGGCCUUUGGAAUCGCUCUCAAGCUGACCUUUGCCGGCCACAACCAAUUCACCCACCCUUCGACCUACGUCUUCAUGAUCCUCACGGCAGUCUGCAUUCUGACCCAGAUGAACUAUUUCAACAAGGCAUUGGCAUCAUUCCCGACCAACAUUGUGAACCCGCUCUACUACGUCACGUUCACGACCGCGACUCUCUGCGCUUCCUUCAUCCUCUUCAGCGGCUUCAACACCACCGACCCCGUCAACACGCUCUCGUUGCUCUGCGGCUUCCUCGUCACCUUUACCGGCGUGUACCUGUUGAAUCUUUCUCGGGGAGACCCUCACGGCCAGAGGCUGGUUGCGUCACGCGGGGACUUUGACGCUGCCGGAACAGAUAUGAUCUCUGGCUUCCAAACUCGCCGCAGCAUGCAGUCCCGAAGGAGCGAAAACACCUCGAGGCACAGUCUCAGCAGCUUUCACGGAGACAGGCAGGGCCUGAUCCGGGCCUACGACGAGGAAGAGGCUGCGGGUUUCGGCCUCACCGACCUCGCCGAUAGCGAUGACGAGGGCCGUCGCCCCAACGGCGCAAACGGCUCCAAUGGCUCGGCCAACGGCUCGGCGAAUGGCAAGAAGCAGUAUACCAGCAACGACAUUGAGCUCGAGUCCCGAAAGCACACCGAGAGGUAG